ACUUCGUGAACUCCAUCGUCACUGACCACAUGAAUCACCUUUUUGUUCCUCCGGUCUCUGCAUCACCACUAGCAGAAAGGAGCCGGAGGCUAUCUUCCAUGCCGAAGCUCUCCCAUGGUGCAAGAUCAGCAGCUAGUUGUGUUGUGAUCGGCUGCAUGUUGUAUCGAACGAAGAUGGCUGCUUCAGGUACAGAUGUUCAGAGCAAACUGGCGUUAUUAGCUGUUUUGGUGCUAAACGAUGCAGAAAUGCAUGCUAAUGAGAGAAGAAGAAAGAAAGAAUGGACGAAAAACUGGAUUAAGAGGAGAAACGCUGGAAAAGGUGUGCUGUCCAUGCUUCAUAAAGAGUUGAGGAUAGAAGAUUGUACAUCCUCAGCAAAUUUUAUAUGAACGGAUGUAUUGGUAUUUGAAGAACUGCUUUAUAUGGUUUCGCCUCUGAUUCAGAAGAAAGCUACAUCGUAAUCCAUUACCAUUCAAGAUUAUGUGCUUUCAAAAAUUUGGUGAAUAUUCAGUGUGAUAUUUCUAGGAAAUAGUCUCAAAUGUGUCCGAUUUUUGCAAGUAGUAGGUUUCUACAUUCAACACAAAAUUCAUAGUUUUGUACUUACGUCGUUCAUCCCAGUGCUACUGCUUUUCUGUGAUUUUACUUUGGCGUACUCCACUUUAAAUUGAGUAUGUAAAUUGUGCAUUUUGCUAUAGCACUCCUUGCUAUUCGUAUAUGGUCAAACAAGACACACGGCACUUACAACUCUUUCGAGUGCUUCUGCACGCAAGUGUUUAUUAUAAUAGUUUGUG